UGGUUCAAAAGAACAUCACAAUGUCCCACAGGAUGAUCAGGUUCAGAAUCCAGGUGAAGAUCUGAACAUUGUAUAUGUUACAGAAACACAUGUGAGGGGUGAUGAGCAGAGUACAGAGGACAUUCCUACAGAUAACCGCCCAGCUGACUAUAUCAGGAGCUCAAAGGGACUUCCGAUGCCUAAAGAUUUCAAAACAAAUGAUCAUGCUCUGGUACAAGAUGCUUAUGAAGUAUAUGUCAUUAUCCCAGAUACACCCUCAGCCUUGCAAAGCAACAGUCAAUCAUCUGAUCUUUUUCAACGUGUCCUAAAUUUUGAUUCAUCACAGACUGUGAAGCAAAACAAAGAACACAUAAGGGGUGAACAUCUAAUAACUGACACAAGAGAGAAACCGUUUUCAUGUUUAGAAUGUGGGAAACGGUUUACCAAAAAAUCAAGUCUUAUUGCACAUCAUAGAAUUCAUACAGGGGAGAAAUCAUUUUCAUGUUCGGAAUGUGGGAAAUCUUUUAACCAGAAAUCAAAUCUUGUUAAACAUCAGAGAAUUCACACAAGGGAGAAGCCAUUUUCAUGUUCAGAGUGUGAAAAAUGUUUUAUCCAAAAAUCAGAUCUUGUUAAACAUCAGAGAAUUCACACAAGGGAAAAGCCAUUUUCAUGUUCAGAAUGUGGGAAAUGUUUUAGUGAUAAAUCUAGUUUUAUUUCACAUGAGAAAACUCACACAGGUGAGAAGCCAUUUUCAUGUUCAGAAUGCGAGAAAAGGUUUAGCAACAAAGCAAGUCUUAUUGCACAUGAGAGAAUUCACACAGGGGAAAAACCAUUUUCAUGUUCUGAAUGUGGGAAAUGUUUUAUCCAGAAAUCAGUUCUUGUUAAACAUCAGAGAAGUCACACGGGGGAGAAGCCAUUUUCAUGUUCAGAAUGUGGGAAAUGUUGUAUGCAGAAAUCAGAUCUUGUUAAACAUCAGCGAAUUCACACGGGGGAGAAGCUAUUUUCAUGUUCAGAAUGUGGGAAAUGUUUUAGCGAUACAUCAAGACUCGUUAUGCAUGAGAAAAUUCACAUAGGGGAAAAACCAUUUUCAUGUUUAGAAUGUGGAAAAUGUUUUAUCCACAAAUCAUAUCUUGUUAAACAUCAACGAAUUCACACUGGGGAGAAGCCAUUUUUAUGUUCAGAAUGUGGAAAAUAUUUUAACCAGAAAUCAAAUCUUGUUAAACAUCAGAGAAAGUUUGGUUCUGAUGAAUCUAUCCGGAGGAAGAGAAAGAAGAUUGAUUGA